UUCCACCCUAAGUACAAAGUUGUUUCAAGUUUAUAUUUGGCCAUUUUGCCCAACACUUCUUCCGCCGCUAACUUUUUACGCUCUUGUUGUGAACUUUCUCUACUUCUCUUUUCUACAAGGCAAAUAGAAUUCUAUUAUCUUUAGGUUCUUAUUGGAGUGAGAAAGCAGAAAAAAUGCUAGUAUUGUUCGAAACGCCGGCAGGCUUUGCACUUUUCAAAGUACUUGAUGAAGGAAAACUCUCUAAAGUUGAGGACUUGUCGAAAGAGUUUACGACGUCUGAUUCUGCUAGAAAGGUUGUCAAAUUGAAAGCUUUCUCUAAGUUUGAGAACACUUCAGAAGCACUCUCAGCAGCAACUUUAUUGAUAGAUAGCAAGCCUAGCAAAGGACUUCGAAAGUUUUUGAAAGCGCACUGUGAUGGUGAAACACUGGGUAUUGCUGAUUCAAAACUUGGUAAUGCGAUUAAAGAGAAACUGCAAAUUGAAUGUGUUCACAAUAAUGUUGUGAUGGAAUUGAUGAGAGGGUUGAGAAGUCAGUUAACUGAACUCAUAUCUGGUCUGGCCACUCAAGACUUGGCUCCAAUGAGCUUGGGUUUGUCUCACAGUCUUUCAAGAUACAAGCUGAAAUUUAGUCCUGACAAGGUGGAUACAAUGAUUGUCCAGGCCAUUGGUUUGUUGGAUGAUCUUGAUAAAGAGCUGAACACCUAUGCAAUGAGGGUACGAGAAUGGUAUGGCUGGCAUUUUCCUGAGCUCGCAAAGAUUGUACAAGAUAACAUCCUUUAUGCUAAGGCGGUUAAGUUGAUGGGUGACCGUGUCAAUGCUGCAAAGCUUGAUUUCUCUGAGAUACUUCCAGAAGAGGUUGAGGCUGAAUUGAAAGAGGCAGCCAUGAUUUCAAUGGGAACUGAAGUCAGUGAUCUUGAUCUGGAGAAUAUUAAAGAUUUAUGCAGCCAAGUCCUGUCCUUCUCUGAGUACCGGGCUCAGUUGUAUGAUUAUUUGAAGAGCAGAAUGAAUACCAUUGCGCCAAAUCUUACAGCUCUAGUGGGAGAACUUGUUGGAGCUCGCCUUAUUGCGCAUGGUGGCAGCUUGACAAAUCUUGCGAAACAACCUGGAAGUACAGUACAGAUACUUGGUGCAGAAAAGGCGCUCUUUAGAGCUUUAAAGACGAAGCAUGCUACUCCCAAGUACGGGCUUAUAUAUCACGCGUCUUUGAUCGGUCAGGCAGCUCCAAAACACAAGGGUAAAAUCGCAAGAUCUCUUGCCAGUAAAGCUUCUUUAGCAAUUCGAUAUGAUGCUCUUGGAGAUGGCCAAGAUAAUACAAUGGGUUUGGAGAAUCGGGUCAAGCUCGAAGCACGAUUAAGAGCUUUAGAAGGCAAAGAGUUGGGUAAAUCAGCUGGUUCUGCUAAAGGGAAACCUAAAAUCGAAGCUUAUGACAAGGAUCGUAAGAAGGGUGCUGGAGCAUUAAUAACACCAGCUAAGGUUUACAAUCCUUCUGCUGAUGCUGUUCUUGGUUGUAUCGACAACGAGGAGCAAAAGAUGAGUGUAGAAGAAACGGGGACGAAGAAGGAGAAGAAGAAAAAGAAGCAUGCUGCUACUGAAGAAAAUGUUGAAGUUGAAAAAAGCAAGAAAAAGAAGAGAAAACAUAGUGAUGAUGAUGAUGAAAGUGAAACUGCUGAUAAAAAGAAAGAGAAAAAGCAAAAGAAGAAGAAAACUGAAGAAUAAGAUAGGACACAAUACGUUAAAGGACUUUCUCUCGACGUCUCUCUUUUAUCCAAGUUAUUGAUCUCGUAUCUGUAAGUAAGUCCAUUAUUAGGCUUACACUAGUCCAUGCCUUUCAACCUUGAUCCUUCCCUUAGACUUAAAAAGGCUCGUUACCUUGUUUCAACUGAACUCGUUGAUUUCACGCUCUAUCCUAGUUCUAGAACCUUCUCUUUCUCCAAGUCAUUGUCAGUACUCAACCGGCAUUAACAAUUUUGGUACUUAGGCAUGGUUUAGUGUCUUAACUUAGUUUUUUGGCCUUUGUAAUGUGACUUUUAAAACAGAUUUUUGGGCUGAUCUACACAUAAUUUUGUCUUAGUAUUCAACAAUUGGUAUCAAAAUCAACUUCAUUGUAUCAUUAACAUGUCAUGUAUUCAGGUCUUGUGGGAGAAGUUAUACACA